AUGGCUCCCGCUCGCAUCGUUACUACACAGCUCUCGCCGGAUCCGCAAGCAAUCCCGGAUGAGGGCGCUGUUCACGAAAAUGAGUGGUAUAAUCAAGAUUUUGAUGGCUAUCGCAUUUCAGAACAGCCACUGUUCACCAAACGCCGCGUUAGGCUUGUCUGUGUGGGUGCAGGAGCGUCGGGUCUGCAAGUUGCUUACAAGGCGGAGCGAGUCCUGAAGGACGUUGACAUUCAAAUCUACGAAAAGAAUAAGGACGUCGGCGGCACUUGGCUGGAGAAUAGAUAUCCAGGAUGCACUUGCGAUAUUCCAAGCCACAGCUACCAGUUUUCCUGGGCUAGGAACCCCGCGUGGUCUCGCUUCUACUCCUCUUCAAAGGAGAUCUGGCAGUACUUCAAAGACGUCGCAACAAAGUUCGACCUUGAGAAGUAUAUCAAGUUCGAACAUAAAAUCGAAUCAGCCAGAUGGAAUGAAGACCGUGGCGUCUGGGUUCUAUCUGUUCGAGCGCCAGACCACACGAUAUUUUCAGAUGAAUGUGAGAUACUAGUGAAUGGCUCCGGGAUACUCAAUUCCUGGAAAUACCCAGACAUCCCAGGACUAGCCAGCUUUAAAGGCAAACUUAUGCAUAGUGCGCAGUGGGAUGAUACUUAUGAUUUGACUGGAAAAACUGUUGCCGUGAUUGGGGGUGGUUCUUCUGCAGUCCAGAUAAUCCCAUGUAUCCAGCCUGUUGUCAAGAAACUGAUUCCCUUUCUGAGAUCCCCUGUCUGGAUCACGUCAGGCUUUGGUGCGAAGUUCGCAGGACCCGGUGGCACCAACUUCGAUUACUCGGAGGAACAGAUAAAGUCUUUCAAAGAGGACCCAGAAGCCUAUGAUAGAUACUGUCGUGACUUGGAGGGUGAGCUGAACAAGCGGUUUACUCUGAUGCAUCUUAAAAGCAAUGAUCAGAAGGUGUCUCGGAACCUUGUGGCCGACAAUAUGUCUGAGCAGCUUGGGUACGAUGAACGCCUCACCAGUCAUCUUAUUCCCAACUUUGGCCUUGGGUGUCGACGUAUGACUCCUGGCCCGAGUUAUCUUCAGUCUUUGACCAGAGAAAACGUGGAAGUCGUUGCUCGUGAUGUGACAGCGCUCACUGAAAACGGUAUCGUAGAUGCCUCUGGUGCAGAACGCAAGGUGGAUGUUGUUAUUUGUGCUACAGGCUUUGACACCUCAUUUUCACCCCAUUUCGAAUGUAUUGGCCGAGACGGAAAGAGUCUGAAAGACCAGUUUGGCGAUUUCCCUAAGGCGUAUCUCGGUGUCAUGGCCAACAAUUUCCCAAAUCUUUUUCUUCUCAUCGGUCCGAGCGGACCUGCGAGCCAUGGAUCAAUUCUCCCGAUUCUCGAGUGGCAUACUCGGUAUAUGUUUGACAUGGUGGUAAAGCUCCAGCAGGAAAACAUCAAAUGUUUUGAUCCAAAGGCCGAAGCCGUUCGAGAAUUUUAUAACCAUACACAUGAACUCAUGAAGCGUCUCGUAUGGUCAUCCGCCUGCAGCUCUUGGUUCAAGAAUGGGAAGAAACAUGGGCCGGUCGUCGCUAUUUGGCCUGGAAGUAGAUUGCAUUACUUUGAAGUAUUGAAGAAGGUCAGGUACGAAGAUUACGACAUCACCUACAGGAGCGAGAAUAGGUUUCAAUUCAUGGGUAAUGGUUAUACGGAAACAGAGACUGACCCGGACGGCAAUCCUGUAUGGUAUUUUGAUGAUCCUUUCACCAAGGUGUGA